AUGGGUAUCACUGUUGGACAGCAGACGGUGCAGACAGGUGAAAGCAAUGGGAACAUAGUGAUUGAUUCUAGGACGACAUUGACGAUACUUCCGUCAAGCUUUUAUGACCAGGUUGAAGCUUUGGUGAAGCAAGCCAUUGGAGCUGACCAAUUCAUAGUACAGGAGGAUCCAUACAAAUUGUGUUACAGCAAUGCUAACUCCAUCCAGAACUUCCCAAAUUUUGAUGUUCAUUUUACAGGAGCCAACCUUUCCUUAAAACCUCAGAACUUUUUCCGUCUCAUAUCCAACGAUGUUAUAUCAAAUAAGCUCCCAAAAGGUUUCAGCAUCGAUCUCAUUCAUCGUGACUCGCCAUUGUCACCUUUGUACAACUCCUCGAUGACCCACUGGGAGCGAGUUCAAAACGCCGCAUUGCGUUCCCUGUCUCGAGUCAAUCGUUUUCGCCAAUCUUCUUCUGAAAAUGCAGCUGAAAUGAGUGAGCAACUAGCUCAAACUGAUAUAAUACCAGACGAUGGAAGCUAUCUUAUGAAGAUCCUCAUUGGCAGCCCACCUGUACAAAGAUGGAGUGUUGCAGACACGGGAAGCGACCUAAUUUGGGUCCAAUGCUCACCUUGUACUCAAUGCUACCAUCAAGAUGUCUCAUUGUUUGAUCCCACAAAAUCUUCCACGUACAAGUCUGAGUCUUGCGGCUCAAGAAACUGUGCUCUUCUUCCUCAGCCUCAACAUGAAUGCGGAAGCUCAAAUCAGUGUUUGUACAUUUACGUAUAUGGAGAUCAGUCUCACACGGUGGGAGAUUUGGCUACAGAUUCAAUCGGUUUUGGUACUAGUGAUGGCCAAUCUGUUUCGUUCCCUAAGUUAGUGUUUGGAUGUGGACAUAACAAUAAUGGGAAGUUCAAUAGGCGCAUGGCAGGACUUGUUGGACUAGGUAAUGGUCCUUUGUCCCUAAUUUCACAGCUUGGUAAUCAGAUCGGUCGCCAAUUUUCCUAUUGUUUGCCUCCUUUCAACACAAAGGCUGCGACUAAGUUGAGAUUUGGAGAGGAAGCCAAGAUAUCAGCAAAUGGGGUCGUGUCCACUCCCAUGAUCACGAAUCCUAAUAAUCCCACCUUUUACUAUCUCAAUCUUGAAGGUAUCACCAUUGGGCAACAGACAGUGCAGAUUGAUGAAAGCGACAGAACCAUAAUAAUUGAUUCUGGUACGACAUUGACACUUCUUCGAUCAAGCAUUUAUGAGCAGGUUGAAACUUUGGUGAAGAAAGCCAUUGGAGCCGACCAGUGGAUAGUGCAAAACUCUCAAUUAAAUCUGUGUUACACCAAUGUCAACUCUAUCAACAAUGUUCCAAACUUUGAGCUUCAUUUUACAGGAGCCAACAUUUCCUUAAAACCUCAGCACUUAUUCCUUCUUGUAUCCAACGACGUGAUGUGCCUUGCAAUGUCUCCCACAGAUAGAGAUUCCAUUUACGGAAACGUAGCUCAGAUGGACUUUGAAGUCGAGUAUGAUCUUGAUCAGAAAAAAGUUUCUUUUGCUCCAGCCGAUUGUACUAAACAAUAG